AUGGCUCAUGAUACAAAAGAUGUUGAUUGUCGAACAAUGACAAGUUUAACAGCUAGUCAAAAACAUGCUCAUGGUUUAUGCGAUGGUUUUCCAACAAUUCUAUUCUAUGCGCGUGAAAUGCAACAAUUAGCUCAUGAAAUUCGAACAUGUAGUCGAGAUCAUCCUAUUGAAUUAGGUGAUAUUGAUUGGAAAGAAUUUCCUGAUACAUGGCCGAAUAUAUUUAUUCGUAAAUCUGAACAAAUUCGUCAUAGUCAUGUUCUAUUUUUAGCUUCACUUCAUAAUCCACAAACAAUUUUUGAACAAAUCUCUCUUCUUUAUCAUCUUCCAAAAUAUCUUUGUCGAUCAUUAAAAGUUCUUUUACCGUAUUUUCCAACAGGUACAAUGGAACGUAUACAAAUUCAAGGUGAAAUAGCUACAGCUUAUUCAUUAGCACAAAUGCUUUCAGCAAUACCAUUAACACGUACAGGUCCAUGUGAAGUUGUUAUAUUCGAUAUUCAUGCAUUACAAAAUCAAUUUUAUUUUUCAUCAAAUGUUAUUGUACGUCUUGAAUCAACGGUUGAUUUAUUAUUAAAUGAAUUAAAAAAUCAAAAUAAUCAUAAUGAAAAAUAUGCUAUUGCAUUUCCAGAUGAUGGAGCACAUAAAAGAUUUGGUCAUAUGUUUGAUGAAAAAAUUAAUCCAAUAUUAAUUUGUAGUAAAAUUCGAGACGGUGAUCAACGUAAAACAACAAUUAAAGAAGGUAAUCCAAAAGGUUAUCAUUGUAUGAUUGUUGAUGAUUUAGUACAAUCAGGUGGUACACUUACUGAAUGUGCACAAGCACUAUUACAAAAUGGCGCUACUGAUGUAUCAGCUUUUGUUGGUCAUGGAAUAUUUCCGAACGAUAGUUGGAAAAAAUUUCUUCAUUCAGAAAAUCCUAAAGUUCGUUUUCAUACAUUUUAUGUUACAAAUACUUACCCCAAUACUCAAGUGUUAAUUAAUAAACCUCCAUUUAAAGUAUUAUCUAUUGCCCAACUUUUAUGUAAUAUUUGUUUUACUUGA